AGCCAUGGCCCCAUGGACAGAACGGACCGCUGGGCUCAUGUUAUCACCCUCGGGUGCCCAUUUAAUAGGUGUAACUUGCCUGCAACUAAUCCAUACAUUUUCCAUACAUAACAGUAGAAAAAAUGACGCAAAACAAUGAAGCUGCUCUAGAAGGACCUCAGCACGGACAGAGGAUGAUUUUUACAGGUCCAGAUGGAAUUGGAGACUACAGGCCCAGAUCCAAUUAUUUCUCCCGGUACAUUGGUGUGGGCGCUGCAUCACCUGAGGCCACGGGUGACCUCGGCUACUUGUGCCGAGCGGCGCCACAUGCCCACCCACCCAUGCCUAGGCAGGCCUAUGUGGGGGAGGUGGGCUGGGGAUGGCAGUAUAACCAGCUGUUGAACAGUGGGACGCUGCUCAGCAAUAUGCAAAUUAAGAAGACUGAAUUACGGGCAGCGUUGGAGGACAGAAUCACUCAAAGGUUUCAGAAUAAACAAUAAGACAGAACUGAAAGAGGCACACUGAAUGUCUUUUGUGUCUAUCGCCAAGAAUCAUAUUACAUAUGUGUGCUGUGUCAAAAGGAUAAGUGAGAACAUCUCAGGUUUGCACAGUGUUGAGUGGCUGCAUUGUAAGUUAUCUGCUUGCCCCAUUCAUAAUGCAACACUUCCACUUUUUGCAGGCAAGCUGUAGGUAAGAAGUCAGUCAGACAGACUCAGACGCACAACUGACAUUAAAAAACAACCUAAAUACACAGUCUGUGUGGUUAAUCUGGUAGUUUAACAUUUUCUUUUUAAAACCAUACGAUAUCUACAAUCAAAUUUCAUGAUAUUUAAUGCUUUUAAAAGAUGUAAGAUAUAUAUAGAUAUAGAUGAAUGACACUUCAAGAGGCUCGCAGCAAUAGGAAAUGUAAAGGACGCUGUGGAUCUGCUAGUAUUUUAUUUAAUUUAGAGAUUGGACUAAGCCAGAAGACAUGACAAGCUUAGUCACAGCUGUAUUAAAAUGGAAUAAACCCUUUGUCAAAUGCAUAGCAACAUGAUCUGCUAAUAUUAGGGAUUUCAGAACACCAGCUACAGUAAAUUAAGUUAAAGUGAAAGCAGACGCCUCCAUACAGAGCACAUAACACCUCUUGGAGAACAGUAUUCUGUCUUCAUUAUCAAAAUAUCAGUGAGAGAACAUCUUUGAUGGAUGGUACUGCAUCAAAGGCGGACAUAGAAAUUGAGAAAUACUAAGGUCAUGAGUACAAGCAGUAAAAGCCAGCAAGUAUUUCCCUUUUAUCUGUGCAUUUUUUAUAUACAGAAUCACUCCUGAGUAUUAUUAUUACCUCUGUGUUCAACAGCCUCUAUUGCACAUGUCCAGUUUAAGACAUUUUAUAUUGAUUUUCCUUUUAAUUUGUUACCCACAUUGCUGCCUCUUGGGCCAUUAAGCUGCAGACUUUUACUCUUGUUGCAGGGACAGAUAGUGUACAUUAAUCUUUGUCACUGCAGCACCUAAUUUAAGUUGUUUUUCUUUAACAAAAAAAAUGUUAAAAGCCAGAAAUACGAUAUAGAUAGACACAUACAAACGUGACGGUAAAGCAAAAGCAGAAAAAUGUAUUUACAAUAAAACACUGAUGUAGGGAAACGUCACCAUCUUAUUUCAUUGUGGUGAACUGACAGGCUUAAAACGCACAGACAAGAGUUCAGAGGUGAGGCGAGAUAACACAUUCGGCAUUCAAGGUUUUAAAGCUUGUGUUUAUUUGUAAUGGAAUCGUCCUCCAAGUCUGGACAGCUCUAACAAAGAGAUUAUAAUACUAUUAUGAUCCUGCUCUAGCCCCUGCCCUUCUUUCCCUUCUUCCUCUUUUUCCUCCUUUCUCCCUUGAGUCCUGCUUUGUUUCUGCUUUGACCUGUUUCUUUGGCUCCCUCUGUCAGUCACCUCUCCCUCAUGUCUCUCUCUCUCCCUGUCUCUCAGCCUCCUGCUCUCCCUGUUUCACCUGCCUGCAUUCUGCCAUCAGCUGAUUACUGCAACGAGUGUCACCUGCAGUAAUUAGUCCAUUCACCUGUUCUCCAUCUCACCUCCACUUAUUUAAGUUCUGUCCUGUCAUUCACUCCCUGCUGGCUCAUCGACCCACAUGCCUUCAUGGACUCUGUUUUCUCCUCCACUGGCUUUCCCUCCCUUGGACUCAGUUCUUCUUUUGGAUUCUCACUAGCCCUGUUUUUGUCUCCAGCCAGUAGCUCCAGUAUCGUCUCCGUUCACCUCAGAUUUCCUGAGCCUGCUUCCCUACCCCUUCUGUUCAGUUCCCUCAUUUUGUAAGUACCCCUCCUUUGCUUAGUUUUGUUAGUUCAGUUUUGUGAUCUUCCGUCUUUGUAUUCAUAGUGUGUGUUAGUAGUAGUUCGGUUUAGCCUUGUUUCCUCCCAGUUCAGUUUUCCAUUUAUGUAUUGUUUUAGUUUUCUGGUUGAAUAAAGUUC